GAUUCGCUCAACAGUAUAAAAGUUAAGUUGUCGUUGCAUCAAUUUGAACUUCUCUGUUCAAACAGUGUGUAUAGUAUGAAGACUGUACUUGUGCUUGCUGCUGUUGCAGCCGUUGCUCUCUGCGUUGUUCUUCCAAAAGAAAGAAGCUCGUUGGGAUGCCAAAUGUGUGAACUUGCUGUGAAGACUUAUGAUGGAUCUGCGGAUAAGGACGUGACAAGUAUCAAGAAAGAUUUCGACACCGAGUGCAAGAAACUUUUCCACGCGAUUCCAUUUGCUCCACAGGAGUGUGAACAUUAUGUGAACGAGAAGCUGGACCCUAUCAUCAAGGAGCUUGAAAGCGGAACUGCACCAAAGGAUGUGUGCAAGAAACUUGGAGAAUGUCCAAAGUAAUGGAUAUACAAUUAUGUUUUGAUUGAUGUACGAUUAUGUAAUAAAUAUAAUUUUUAUAAUAAAUGAAAUUUUUUCAAUUGGCAAUAAAUAUUUUCAGUAUUA